CUUGGAAUAAAGUAAAAUCCUUGGUUAAUUUCCAUCUUUCUCGUUCUUGAAUGACAAUCUUGAAAUGUGCUUGACAAUUUUCUGAUACUGUUUUUCAGGGCCCAUUUCUCUUGAGUUCGCCUUUGCAGGCUCACAACUUCCUCUGAAAGCCCAAAAGGUACCAUUUCAGAAGCUGGAGUGAAGGGGCUGACCACACACUGAAUUUUGGAAAAUCCUUUAGGAUCUAUGAUGCCGUCACGCAAGGUUAAAAUUCCAAAGGCAAAAAUUUUGAAGGCCUGCAAUUCAAUGAAAGCAAUGGGCAUUGCUGAAGAACUUGUAAGGCCAGUUCUCAAUGAUCUUGCAAAUUUAUAUGACAACAACUGGGCACUUAUUGAAGAUGAAAAUUAUAGAGUUCUUAUAGAUGCCAUUUUUGAGCAGCAGGAAGUUAAGGGUACAAAAUCUAAGGCAAGAGAGGAAGAAGCGUCUUUAGAUGAUGAGUCAGAAGACUCUGAACUGCCUCUGAAAAGAUUGUGCUCAAGACAGCAAAAAGAUGCUCUGGUGGCAAUGGUUGACUCGGUUGCAGGUUUUGGUGGAACUCCAUCAAGAAGUUCACAAGAAUUGCCUCAAUUUCAUUGGAGGAAGAACAGAGUCGGGUCAACUCAACAUUUUGAAGGAGAUGAACUAGUUAAGUUAGUGCCUCUUUUACCACCAGAAGGUGUCAGUAACAAGUACCCGGAGACUCAUCCAAUCCUAAGAGAAAAAGAACCAUCUCAAGCAUGCCUUAAGGACCAAAGAGGUCGAUCUGAUCCUCUUUUUCCUCGUACACAAGUGCAAGACAAAGGAAAGAAGCCAAUUCAUCCUCGACUUGGUCAAAUAGAGAAUAGAUUAAAUUAUGAAAAGGAAACACAUAUUGAGUGCUUUAAAGUGCCAAAGAUUGAGCCUGACUGUGUUAAUUCUCCCACAGAAGAUGCAGUUAAUAAGUGUCAUAAUGCCCCUUCAAUUGUGCCUAAAAAUAAAACAUUCACCAAUGACAACUUGCAACUUGCGGUUCCUCUUGUUGUGAUCCAUCCAGCUUCUCCCAGUCUAAAAAUUGAAGAUGGUCCUUCAAGUGGAAAUUGCUCUCACUCUAAAGAAGAUGAGCACAAAGUCCAUGAAUCCAACUAUUUUGAUGUAGCAGAUGAAGCAAAUGCUUCUGGAGAGGAUCAAGCCGAUGGUGUAUCUGAUUCAUCACAAUUUGAUAUUGCUUCCUCUCCCAAUGGCGAGGUGAAAAUUUCCCUCAUCCUCAACACUUCUCAGCAAUCUGGUUGUCACAUUCCAAAUUUAGAUGCAGUUUCAAAAGCACUGGAGGAUAAGUGCCGUGGCACGUAUGGAAUUACAGAACCUAGUUUCUCAGUGAUGAAAUUGAUGCAAGAAUUCUGUGAGUACUUCUUAGCAAUGGGUGCUGAUUCUACCGAUGACGAAAAGUUAAAGACCAUGGAAACAUCAUCAACACUUGAUAUAUUAAAGGAACCUGCAGCACAAGAUGUGCUUGGCAGAGGUGAUCAUAAAGGCAAGUUUUGCAUUCCAUCAAGUUCUUCAAACGGAUCUGUCAAAUGUCAGAAUCUUGUUGAAGUGGGUCAAAAAAUUCCGAGAUCUAUAUACAUGAAUGGUUUGGAUGUUCUUCGUUGCACUUUAACUUCAAAUAAGGUUAACAAAAGCUACAUUGAAAGGGAUGAGAAUUUAAAGGUAUUGAGAGGCCCAGAAUCUUUGAAUUCAUGUGGUAUAGUGGCUGUUCAGAAGCAUUGUUCCUCUGUUGACACAAUGAAACCCCUUCAAUAUUUUGAUGACAUAACCAAAGGUGAAGAAAUGGUAAAGAUCUCCUUGGUAAAUGAAACCAGCUCCCAACUUCCUCCCAACUUUUUCUACAUUCCACAGAACAUAGUUUUCCAAAAAGCAUAUGUGAAUUUUGCGCUUGCUCGUAUAUCAGAUGAAGAUUGUUGUUCAAAUUGUUUUGGGGAUUGUACAUCAUUAGCCAUACCUUGUGCAUGUGCCCGUGAAAGUGGGGGUGAAUUUGCUUACCAACAAGGAGGACUUGUUAAGGAAAAGUUUCUAGAGGAAUGUAUCUCUAUGAAUCGUGACCCUCAAAACCAUCGCCUUUUUUAUUGCAAAAAUUGCCCGCUAGAAAGGUCUAGGAAUGAAAACACAUCUAAUCCAUGCAAAGGCCAUUUAGUGAGAAAGUUCAUAAAAGAGUGCUGGUGUAAAUGUGGAUGCAGUAAGAAGUGUGGAAACCGGGUUGUUCAGCGUGGUAUAACAGUGAAUUUGCAGGUAUUUUUGACUCCUGAAGGGAAAGGUUGGGGUCUCCGAACUCUGGAGAACUUGCCAAAAGGUGCUUUUGUUUGUGAAUAUGUGGGAGAAAUAGUAACCAACACAGAAUUAUAUGAGCGAAAUUUGCGAAGCACCGGUAAGGAGCGACAUACAUACCCAGUGCUGCUAGAUGCAGAUUGGGGUUCAGAGGGAGUCUUAAAGGAUGAAGAAGCCCUCUGUUUGGAUGCAACAUUUUAUGGUAAUGUUGCAAGAUUUAUUAAUCACAGAUGUUUUGAUGCCAACUUGGUUGAGAUCCCAGUAGAAGUGGAGACCCCAGAUCAUCACUAUUAUCAUCUUGCCUUUUUUACAACAAGAAAGGUCGAUGCUUUGGAAGAGCUGACUUGGGACUAUGGCAUUGACUUUGAUGACCAUAAUCAUCCAGUGAAGGCAUUCCGAUGUUGCUGUGGAAGCAAAGGCUGCCGAGACACAAGGAAUUCAAAGAGACAUGGUGUUAAAAGGCGAAAGAUGGAGAUGAAGGCGUAGGCCUCAUAACAUGAAGUUAACUAGAUGGAGCUGGUGAAUUUUGAGAUGACCAACUAACGUGGGGCGCAAUGGGAGCUGUGGGGAUUAAGGUGUGGGCAAUGGAUUUUGGUGUUGAGUUUGGUUUGAACUCACCCCUUUUAAGGAAGGGUCCUUGUUCACUGAUCAGUCUGUGAUUUCCAUACAUUAUGCAUCUUUGUUUGUAUCUUUCGGAAUCCGAAUUGUCAUAAUUUAACAGUAACAAGAGAAUGAAAGAACAAUUGCAAACAA